AUGGCGACAUGUAGAAAAAAUGCGUCUGACAUUUGGAACUUCAUGACAAGAACGUCUCCAACGACUGUCGCCUGCAAUUUGUGCCAGUGCAUAUUCAACCAUACCACAGGAUCGACAUCGAAUCUUAGGAGGCACCUUCAAGUGAAGCACUUGUCAAUGACGGGACCGAAACCUCUGGAGAAGAAUGAUGAAUCUGUCAUGAAGGAAACACCGAGAAGGCCAGGAUCUAUGACCCAGCCCACACUUUUAACCACCAUUUCAAAUGUCUCUAAAUAUGGAGCAGAUUCCAUUAAGAAGAAAGCCCUUGAUGAUUUGCUUCUUGAAAUGAUCACAAGAGACUUGCAACCGUUCUCCAUUGUCGAGGACCGUGGUUUUAGAGGUUUUGUUAGAGGUCUUGACCCCAGGUACGAACUACCAAGUCGGCGAACACUGUCUCGGGAUCUGCUGCCAAGAAAGUUUCAAGCAGAGGAGCAGAAGCUGAAAGCAUCCCUGGAAAGUGUCACUCACGUUGCUAUCACAACUGAUUUGUGGACUUCACGCCAAACUGAGUCCUACAUAACUGUAACUGCUCACUAUUUCCUUCCUCUACCUUCUUGGGAUCUUCAGUCCGCAGUUCUCACCACGCAAAGAGUUACAGUCGACCACACAGCUGCCAACAUCGCGAAAGUAUUGACAGACAUUUUUCAUCACUGGGGAAUCGAAGACAAGAUUUCAUCUAUUGUCACAGACAACGCGUCGACCAUGGUUUCGUUGGUGAAAGACCAUUUAAAAAAGCACCACGUGAGAUGUUUUGCCCACUCCCUAAACUUAAUAGUGAGAGAUGCUCUGAAGAACAGCGGUGAGCUAGUGGAACUCAUAACAAAAGUCAAGUCAGUGGUGAGUUUUUUCCACCACAGUGUGAAGGCCACAGAAAAACUACUGAGCUUCCAGCAGAACUUGGGCAGGCAGCAAAGAAAACUUAUUCAAGAUGUUGAUACGAGAUGGAAUUCCACCCUGCACAUGCUCAGAAGAUAUGAGGAGGAACACACUGCUGUCACCGGGGCCCUCUGUGCACUGAGCAAAACAACAAUGUCUUUGACCGAUGCAGAAGUGGACAGGAUCAGGGCUGCCAUCGAGGUGUUAACACCGUUUGAACUGGCCACAAAGGAAGCCUCUACAGAGAAGCACACUUCCUUAUCAAAGAUGCUCCCGACAGUGAGACAAAUACAAGAAAAGCUAUCAGGAGAAUCUUCAUCAGCAUUAAGAGAUCAGUUGCAGGCUGAACUCCGCAGACGUUUUGGUAGUCUGGAGGAUAACUUCACCCUCGGAGCAGCCACACUGCUAGACCCACGAUUUAGAAGGCUGCCAUUUUGUGACCAGAGUUCAGCCAAAAAUGUGGAAGAUCGCCUGGUAUCCAUGAUGCAGAGAUCUGAACCACAGCAGACAUCGGCUACAGAAGCAUCUCAAGAAGUAAAUAACGAUGGCCCACCUGCACAGAAAAAAUCACUGUGGGACACAUAUAUGAAGAAGGUUGAGCAGCUGAAGAAGACGGCAUCUCCUGGUUUAACAGGACCCUACGUAGAGAUGAGGAGAUACCAUGAAUCGGAAUUUCUUUCCAUGAUGGAGGAUCCAGUGCAGUGGUGGAGAGAAAACUGCUCCAAUUUCCCAAGGCUGAGCACUCUUGCCCGACAGUUCCUGCACAUUCCAGCUAC